AAUAUUACCAGCCAAUCAAAUGACAUAUUUUGUCCCUAGUAAACAUAACCAACAAAAAUUGACAGGAAGAAUAAGAAAAGAAACAAACAAAAGAAAAUAAAAGUUAAAGGAAACACUUUGGUUAUGAGUUCAAAGGAUGAAAAAUCAUCAAGAGGAUGGACGAAAGAAGAAAAGGAAAAACUUUUAGAAUUAAUAAAAAUUCAUGGUCAUACAAAUUAUGAUAAAAUAGCACUAGGACUUCCAAAUAAAUCGCCAUUAGGAAUAAAAGCGAAAAUAAAUAAAUAUCUAUCAUUAUCAAAAUCUUUAAAGCCAGGUUCCGUGGAUCCUCUCGAUUUUUGGUUGUAUUCAUUUUUUCAACAAGAUGACGAAUCUUUAAUUUCACGUGCAUUAUUAUAUGUUCAAUUAUUUGAAACGCAUCCCACAGUUGAGGAAUCAAAUGGAAUUGAAUUUGAUACAAUUUAUGGAUUUCUGCAUCGUCUAACAUCGGGGCAUCCACCAAAUAAUAUUUCACCUCAAAGUUUUGAUGCAUUUGACAGAGAAAUGGUUAGAGCAAUUGACUUUGUUUCAAAUAAAAGUGAAAAAGAAGUUCUCACCUAUCUCAGUACAUUGAAUAUAAAGAAAAAACCGGCAAAAGAUUAUUCAAGAAAAACGUGAUGUAUUUUCAGUUUUAUUUGUGGGAUAUAUUUUUAUUAAAUUUCGAAAUCUAAAGUAAGCGAAAUAAAUAAAUAUUAUAAUUAUUUAUUAAAAUGUGACUGAUAUUUUGUAUAAUUGAAAUUUUCAGGAAUAAACUGGAAACAUUCUGUUAUUAUAAAGGAAAGAAUAAAAAUAAUUUACAAGAA